UGAGAUCGAAGUAGAGGAUAAGAAAUUAAGAAAGAGAAAUGAGCAGUAGUAGUAGUAGUAACUUGGAGACUCGAUCUCUGUUGGAUGAGCUCCGAAACUUCGACAAGGGCACCUUAUUUGAUCUCGGCCAUCCACUCCUCAACCGUAUCACCGACACCUUUGUUAAAGCCGCUGGGAUUGGGGCAGUUCAGGCUAUCUCUCGCGAUGCUUACUUCAUCGCCAUUGAAAGCGCGGGAAUUGAUCCCAGCGGGAUUCCAGAUCUCCAAGGUGCCAAGAAACAGCGCUUCCCAGACUUCAGCGGAGAAACCAACAGCAGAUCUCUUGAAGCAAUGGUGAAAAAUACUGGCAGAGAGUCUUUGCAGUGGGGACUAGCUGCUGGAAUGUACUCGGGCCUAACAUAUGGCCUGAAGGAGGCUCGGGGUGCUCAUGAUUGGAAAAACAGUGCAGUUGCAGGUGCAAUUACUGGAGCAGCAUUGGCAUUCACCUCGGAGGAUCAUUCGCACGAGCAGAUUGUUCAAUUUGCCAUUACAGGGGCAGCAGCCUCUACAGCAGCUAAUCUUCUCAAUGGGAUAUUCUAGAUUGGUUGUGAAAGGAGAUGGGAAGUUAAGAGAUCAAUAUGAUCUACAUCUACAAAAAGAGAUGGAAGUUAGGUGCAAUGCUUAAGCGUCUC